UGGCCGCGGCUGCCCCCGCCCGGCGUUCGCCUCAGCGACUGAGGCACACUUCUCCGAACUCCGCUCCCGCCGGCUCGCGCCGAGCCCGCGCCUCCGGGGCUCGGUCCGCCGUGUUUCGUCCGCCGCAGCCGCGAAGCUACCGAGCAGCUUCCGGCGAGGCGGGUGUGCGUGCAGCGCUACACCCUCCCAGGGAGGGGGGCGGGACCCAGCCGCCACCGCGGGCGGGGGAGGGGCUCCUGGCGCUGCAGGGACACCCCACCAUGGAGCGGAGCUUUGGGGCGGCGAGGCCCCGACAAGGUCGCUUCUGAUUACCCCACACCAUGCCCCUCAGCCUCUUCCGGCGCCUUCUCCUUGCCGCCCUGCUGCUGGUGAUUAUCUGGACCCUCUUCGGGCCCUCGGGCAUCGGGGAGGAGCUGCUGAGCCUCUCGCUGGCCUCCCUGAGCCCGGCUCCAGCCUCUCCAGGGCCGCCCCUGGCCCUGCCUCGCCUCCUGAUCCCCAAUGAAGAGGCGUGCGGGGGUCCCGGCGCCCCACCCUUUCUGCUCAUCCUUGUGUGCACAGCCCCAGAGAACUUGAACCAAAGAAAUGCCAUUCGGGCUUCGUGGGGUGGGCUUCGUGAGGCCCGGGGGCUCAGGGUGCAGACUCUCUUUCUGCUGGGAGAGCCAGGCUUGUGGCAUCCUACCAGGGAACCCCACAUCAAUCUGGUGCGGGAGGCAGCGGCCCAGGGGGACAUCUUGCAGGCGGCCUUCCGGGACUCCUACCGGAACCUUACUCUCAAGACCCUCAGUGGGCUCAACUGGGCAAACAAACACUGCUCCAUGGCCCGCUACAUUCUCAAGACGGAUGAUGACGUGUUUGUCAAUGUCCCCGAACUGGUGUCAGAGCUGAUUCGGCGAGGGGGCCGCUGGGAACAAUGGGAGAAGGGCAAGGAGCCACCUCUGAGAGAGGUUGAGUCUGGAGAUGAAGACUUGCAAGAGGGGUCCAUCUUGAGACAGCCAGUGCCUCUUCUGUACCUGGGCCGCGUGCACUGGCGGGUGCACCCCUCUCGGACACCAGGGAACAAGCACCAGAUAUCCGAGGAGCAGUGGCCUCCUACCUGGGGCCCUUUUCCACCCUAUGCCUCUGGCACGGGGUAUGUGCUCUCAGCUUCUGCCGUGCAGCUCAUCCUGAAAGUGGCCAGCCGGGCACCUCCUCUGCCACUGGAAGAUGUCUUUGUGGGGGUCAGUGCCCGACGAGGAGGCCUCACCCCGACCCACUGUGUCAAGCUGGCUGGAGCCACCCACUACCCCUUGGACCGGUGCUGCUAUGGGAAAUUCCUGCUGACAUCCCAUAAGCUGGACCCCUGGAAAAUGCAGGAAGCCUGGAAGCUGGUGGGCAGCUCUGACAGGGAAAGGACUGCACCCUUCUGCUCCUGGCUCCAGGAAGUCUUGGGCAUCCUGCGCUGUCGGGUAAUAGCUUGGCUUCACAGCUGAGAGUGCCUGGGGCCGCAGGAGUGAGGAGCUGAGGGUCAAGCUGGCACCCCCUCCACCUUCUGCAGCCCAGGCCCAAGGCAGGGGGCCCUGACUGGCUGCAGUUGACCAGUUUCCUCUAUCAGAUGCUCUAUUACUGAAGAAAUCUAGGGGCCUGGCCUGCCAGCCCCUAUCACGGUCGCCAGGAAGAGCAAACCAGUGCUGGGGUGCUUCUCUUCAGCUAUGGCAGAGGAGGGGCAUAAGCUCCUCAAUAAACUUGUUUGUCUAC